AUGCCCUCUUGGGUUGGCCUGCGUGGGAUGUCUGACAGUUUUGAUGGCAACAAUUUCUUGAAGUAUGACAAGAUUAAAUGGACCGCUGGUCGGGAUUGCGGUUCUCCGGUGCGGACGAGGGAAGAAGACAGUGGCGCAAAAAGGAGUCGAACAACAUGGGCAGUUAGUAAAAGCGGUGGCCCCAGCAGCAAAAUGUUAACUCGGUGUUUGCCGGGUGAAUUUCUGGAAGGGCCCACCUACAUUAUGGCGCUAAAGCGUUUUGUGGUGCUUGCUGCUUUAACUUGCCCUGCAGUUUGGCUCGCAAUUAAUGUAGCAUUGGCACGAGAAGCUCAUAAAGAAUUAUGUAGUGAUAAUUCUUUUCAUGAGCAUGGUUGA